AUGCACCUCCUCACCUCCGUUGCCGCUCUCCUUUCCGGCCUCACCGUCGCCCAGGCGAUCCCAGUCGAGCCGACGACAACUCCCCUCAAGCGCGCAACCGGUCCUCGCCUCACCUGGCAACAACAGCUCUCGUCCCUCUCCUCCGCCUCCGCAGCUUCUGCCGCCGCCGCCGCCGCUGCUUCUUCCUCUCGUUCACCGACAACCGCAAAGCCAAGUUCCACCCGCGUCACCGGCGGCUCACGCGCAUCCUCCCUCUCCUCCUCUCCGCCUGCUCCGUCACCGACGUCCAUCAACGGCGUCGAGUUCGUCGGCGUGACGUACAACAUGACCGCGGCUUCGAAGCAGCCCUAUCCGCUGGGCGAGAUCUGUCCUGGCGCGGAAACUGUGGCGAAGGAAUCGCAGUUUUACGUCUGCGAAGACUUUUUGUCCAACCACGCCGUCCCUCUCUCGUCCCUCUGCGGCCAAACCCUGACCUACCACGCCUACCCAGCCUUCGAAUUCGCCCUCUUGCAAUCCCCCAACGGUACAGGCAUCGUAGUAGGCUCGAUGCCCUCGCCUCACUGCCACGGCGACGGAUUCGCGAUGCUCCGCGAACCGGGCGUCAACGAGAGGCUCAGUCGGCCUGAACCGUUUGAUUUUGGGAGGGUUAAUUGA